CGUUCUUGUCUGUGACAUGGAGUUAGUUCUGUGCUGCCUUUGCAUUUGGUGUGAGAGAAUAAUUGGUUGGUAUGAACAAUGAACACUAUCAACAGGAUCAACAGGUUCUAUUUACAACUACGCACGGGUGCUACUGCUGGAGAAUGUGGAUGUAGAAUGUUCGCAUUUCUUUGUUAUGUUGAAAUGUGGUAUCCAGAUCAGUGUAGUGCUUGUAGUGUGAUCGUAUAAUGUGUAGAAUCUUCGUGAUAUGAAACCACAUAUUUUCUUGCUGAUAGAUAUGAAGCAGUGAAAUAUGAGUCAUACCUUCUGCUUUGUCAGCUGUUACUCAUGGCAAGGGGGCGCAGUUAAUGUGAAUAGAACGUAUGAUGGAUAGGAUACCACCAGUACCUACACCUAGAGUAAGUCAUCUGGAGCAAAAACGUACAGCAUGUAAAAUGAUAACAAGUGCGUCUAAGAAGCCAGUACCGCUACCACGUAUGAAGAUAUUUAAUGAAUCAGAUUGCAAAUCUACGGAAAUAAACAGUGACAAUCUAGUCCUAAGUGAAAGACAGACAUGUGAUAUUACAAAUCACGUUAGUGAAAACAGUAACAGAAUGCCGUAUAAUGAAAGAAUACGAUCGCAAAAUUUGAAAGAAGAUUGGAAAAUUGAAUGUGAUGAUGCUCAGUUGAAAGGAAAAUCUGUGAUAGGAAGGACAAAAACUGUUGGUGCUUCUAUUGAGAAGUCUGUUCGUAAUAUGAUUGCUAGACGUUUGACAACUAGAUCAACAACUCCAAAUAAGUUAAAUGAUUUUUCAGCGAAGAAAAGUGGCCGAAGUCAGUCUCUUCCAUCAGGAGACAUCUUUCAGUCGAUAUCUUUCAUCUCACCUCUUAAAGAUGCUCCACCUGAACUGGAAGUGUGCGACGAUACAGUAGAAGAAGAGUGUGUGUCAACAUCGGGGGCACCGCCACCAGUGUACCCUCCUCCCCCUUUACCUGAUGAAUCAGUAUAUGAUGAAGUUCAUUCUGUAGUCUCAAGUCAUUCUAGUAGUUAUGAACCAUAUUGUGAUUUAAAUAUAACAGACUUUGAGACAGUUUAUGAAGAUAUAACACAAAUUAGGGAAAGUGAUGGGCAUGAACUUUCUGGUGCUUCACAGAAGAAAACUGAACGAAAUUUUUUGGAAAACAGUGAGUCAUCUGUUGACAGUCAGCACAAAUUUAUAUCAAGAUCAGACUCAUGGAGUUUCUAUGAUGCUACUCAAGAGAAAGACAUUUACCAGAAUGUUGCACCUUCUGACAUAUCAAGUUGUAGUGGUUCUGAUUCAAUGAUUUAUAACAGACACUGCAGUAGCAAACUAAGUUGUACUGAGAGUGCUCCAUCGUCACCCCAGGAUGAUCUGAACUGUGACAACAGUGAUGGAAUAUCUGAAGGUGAAUCCUGUUCGAAUUCGCAGUUUGGUCAUCAACAUUCGGUAAAUAUAUGGAAUGAAAUGUAUGAAAAUUGGGAAACUAAUAUUCCUCGGAGAAGGGUGGAAGGUAAACAUAAAGUGUUGACUAAGUCGGUUAUACUAGAAUUUGACCCUCUGUAUGAAACUGGUGAUAGUUCUGGUGAAGCAAAGAGCAAUUACACUGAAGUCUUCUUACCAGCUGACACAGGUGAGACAGAUUCUCCAUAUGGAAGAAUUAACAGAGUGGUUAUACCUGAAGUGCCGGAAGAGAAGACAGGAGAGAAUGAAGAAUUUGUGUGUCCCCCAGUUCCCCCAAGGAGGUACGAUUCCAUAUCAGUAGUACCUGCUGAAGAAAACUGUAUAGUUGAUGAGCCUGAAAAUGAGGAUUCAUCCGAAAUUGCUGCAAUACCUGACAGUGAUGUGGACCGUCAGGAAUCAUCCCAGGAGAAAGAAUCAGAGUUUACAAGUGGUAUUAAUAAUUCUAAUGGAAAUGUUGACGGUGUGGUGGGGAGGAAUCGUAAAGCAGCAUUAGUUCGCUGGGCAAGCAUGAAGCGAGCUAUUCAGAUGAUGGCAGAUGGAUCAUCUUUCAGGAGAGCAGUAAGGGAACAACCGGCAGCAGAAGAUAAACUUGGUUACCAGAACAGUCUGUUUUAUGGAGGGCAAAAUGAAGCAUGCGCACUUGUCAGCCGCCCAAAUUGGACACCUAAUGCAGCUGUACAACGUAGUGGUAUCCUGUACCGGGCAGCUUGUGGUAGCAAAGAUUACACACCACGUCGUUGCAUCUUGGCAGAAGGAAAGCUGUCAUGUUUUACAGACAAGAGUGGCACAAGCAUAAGUGAGGUCAUUCCACUAAAUAAACUUCUCAGCAUUCAGUUUGUACCAGAAUAUAAAACUGGUUUGGAUGGUGAAGACUUGCACUUCUUCGAGCUGAACUUGGCAUGGAAGAGUAAUUAUUUGUUUGGGGUCUCUGGUCCAACAGAACGACGAAUCUGGAUGCAGAAAAUCUUGGAAAGCCUCACAACAGCUUUGCCCGUUCGCCUCUUGACAGAAUACAAAAGAGCUGGCUGGUGCUACAUAAAGGAGGGUAUUAGUGGAGCUUGGACAUCUGCAUGGAUUUUGGCCCAAAGGCGAAUGCUGUUCUAUUGUGUGCAAGAUGGAAGUUUGCAAGAGGCAGAUCUCAGGAAAGCAAGGUGUAUAGUACUGCAAGACACCAAACAUGAAGCGUCAACAUUAUGCGUGACAGAGAAAGGUCCGCUAAUCUUGGUAGACUUCCCAGGACAAGCUCUGUACUUGCAGAUGGAUGUUGUAAGGGAGACUGUUUCUUGGCAUAGUGUCAUUCAUGCAGCUGCAGUCGACAAUGGACUCCAUCUUGCCCAGCAGCAGCUGACUCGUGAAGAAAUACCAGUCAUAAUAGACAAGUGCAUAAACUUUGUGUAUGCACAUGGUAGCAUGUCUGAAGGCAUUUAUCGCCGUAGUGGUGCCAAUUCAAGCGUCACACGAUUAUUGACACUGUUCCGGAAGGAUGCAUGGGCAGUUCAGCUUACACGACAGGAGUAUAACGAGUAUGAUGUUGCCAGUGUGCUGAAGCGGUUCUUACGAGACCUGCCAGAGCCCCUGCUUACCACAGAGCUACACUCUCAACUAUGUGAAAUUGCAGCUGGAAAGAGGGGCUCUGAUAAAAUGGUACCUUAUCGUCGAGUGCUGGAGCAACUUCCGCCUAUUAACUACCUGACAACACGCAAACUUAUUGGCCACCUGCACUUCAUUCAUGAGCAGCAUGAGAAGAAUCUGAUGCCAGUGGAGAACUUGGCAGCCAUCUGGGGGCCAACCCUCAUGCAUAUCGAGGGUGACAACUUAGUGUGGGCAAAAUCAGAGUCUGAAGUUGUGUCAGAUUUGAUCCUGCUAUAUUCCCAAAUCUUUGAAGUCAAUGAAGCUGAAUUAUCACUUGAGAAACGUAUGCAGGAGGUGCUGGAGCGUUAUCAUUCUGCGAACAGCUCAACCCCACAGAAUAAAUCGUCUGGUGAUCUGAAGAUUUGGGUUCAUCUGGAACAUAAAGAUAGCUCCAACUGUGUAAACAUAACAGUAGGACCACAGAGGCUGGCUGGAGAAGUGUGUGCAGAAUUGGCAAGUAAAGUCUCUCUCCCAGCACAUGAGCUUUGCCUUGAAGAAGUUGUAUGUGGGGGAGCACUCACACGACCAUUGCAUCACAUGGAAAGAGUGCUGGAUGUCGUGCUGCGUUGGGGCUAUUGGAGUGACAUCGAUCGGAAGGACAACUGCCUAGUUCUUUGUCAGAACACAGUCUUCAAAGAAGCAGCAGUACAGGCCAAAUAUCCAUUGGCUUUGUGUGGGGAUCUUCGUUUUGCUGAUCGUAAAACCAGGUCAUUCAAGGCAUACCUGUUCGAAUUCAGUCAAGCAAAGCUCUGUUAUUACAAAGAUAAAAGAGGUUCCGUAAAGCUGGGUGAAUGGAAAAUCGAAGACAUUGUAUGGUACUUGGGAUAUGAGCCAAAAAGAAAUCCGCAGAUGAGGUGGGCUGUCACCUUCAUUGACAAACACAACAAGCCGGAAAGGUCAAAAGAGAACCCAUAUUUUGGAUGUACAAUUGCUGGGACAUCAAAGGAAGAGCAGGUUCGAUGGAUAGGAGCAAUGUUGGCUGCAGAACAUCCACAGAAUUUGCUGCCAUCUCCUGUUCUUUUGCAGUAAUGAGUGUCUGAAAUAGAGUUGGCCUUCGAGCAAAUCACAGACUUGUAAUGCACAUGACUUACAUACAAGGGUUUUGGAUUUGGUAAGUGCAUUAUCUGCCUCGAGCUUUUGUGCAAGUUUCUUCAGCUCCCUCAAACAAGCGCUGGAAUGGUACUUCACAUAGGUCACGACCACUUCCUGUCAAUUUGUCUUUCAUAAUCAUUCUGCAAUACCUCUUUACUGUUUUUGUAACCAUUAAUUUUACAAUUGGUAAAAUAGAUUAAUCAAGAAGUAACAUUAUGCAAGUAGCCAUUCUGCAGUUUGUGAACUUAGUUCUGUUUGCUUAUUGAUUAUAACAGUACUUACUGUUUUGGUCCCAGGGGAAAGAUUUUGGAGAGAAAUGACCUUGGAUCAAGACACAUGGAUGGAACAACAAAAUUUUCUCAAGUGCCCCUACCCCCCCCCCAAAACAGCUUUUGUAUUUGUAUUUUUUCCAAGGUACAGUGUGAGAUUAACAGAAAGAUAGAUAUUGUGAAUUACAUUUGAAUAGGUUCUCUGAAUAAUUUACUUUGUCUGUGGUCCUUUUUUAAGCCCUUCAGUGACAGAAGUAAGUGCAGAGGUUAUUAAUGUUAAAUGGGAUGAGAGGAUGAUUAUGCACAAUGAAUUGGAAAGAAUGAAGCAGGAAUUGCUGGUCUCUAGUGUCCAGGUACUAUCCCAGUAUUGAACUCGAGUGGCAGAGGAAAAUCGUAUAACAUCAGAUAGGAAAGGCACUGCCCUUGCCAAGAUUAAACCUGGGUACCCCCUAGGUGUAAGUUGGAUGUGAUAACACCAUACAAACCUUCCUGGUCAUAAUAAGGUCCAUUGAAACAUAGAAACUUACUGGUCUUUGUAUUGCACACUUUAAGACAGUCCCAGGUUCAGGUGCAUGCUUUUGCCAUUGUUUCAAAUCCUGCCAUGAAUGUAGGAUUUGAAGUUGUCACAGGGUUGGUUGUGAAGAGUUCUGUUUUCCGGGAUAAAAUGCCUUGCAGUCUGGUGAAAGUCACCCAGUGUAGCUCUGCUGUAUUUGCUGUCUACUUCAUCCUGGUUUCUUCCUUGGCUUACUCUUGAACUCAGAGAAUGGAGCUGACGAGUUCCCCUAAAAUGCCUUUUGACUUUCACUGGGCGUUGCAUCCCAGAAGAAAAAACCCUUCCUCUCACAGAUGUUUGUCAUUCAGCGAUUAUAUCUUCACCUACUGCCACAUUUGCAACAGUUUGAGGAGACAAUAAAUAAGAACAAGUAUUAAUGUCAGGAUUUAAUUAUAUUGGGAUGUGCAUAAUAUUUUGGUGACAGUGUUCACUGUGGUUGUGUAAACUUUCACAGAGUGCCCUUUGUGAAGUAAAGGUGCGUUGUGAUCAGUGACGUUCUGUGAUAACAUAGUAUAUGAAACAGUUGUCAGGGAGUGAACCAUGGAAUGGAAAAAAAGAAAUAGCACAUAAUGACUGUGCGUUGUGUAGAUGGAUCUUACAAUUAAUUAUAUUUGAGAACAAAAUUCAACAGGAUGUCACGUGAAUGAUUGUCAAAGGAAAUACUUCCAUAAUGAUGUCUGAUGACACCUUUGGAAUCACAGUGCCUUAAAUUAAAAUAUAAAAUUUCAGAGGGAUCAUUUUGGUAAAUGAGGUUUGUAUUUUUUUCGUUUCAUGCAUCCUGU